AAGGUGGUGAGUCUUCUGAUAAAGGCAAGGGAAUUACACCCGAGGACCAGUAGUUUGAGUAUUUCGAGAAUCUGCACUCUGGACAGAUUUGGGGGUGAAGAAGAUGACAUGCAAAGAGAUGAAGAUGAAGAAGAUGACCUGGAAAGAGAUGAAAAUGAAGAUGAAGAAGAACUUGAAGACGAUGAUUGCGAAACUUUUAGUGAUGAUAGUGAUAAUAAUGAAGAACAUGAGUUUGCUUAUUUUGAAAGUGAUUGAUGAUGGAACGAUGGUUAAAGGGAAGCAUUCAAAAUCGAGACCUAGAACAACAAAUGCCUCUAGAAAGCAAGUAAAAAAUGAGACAUCUACUCAUGAUUCUCAUAGAUCCACAUCUAUUGAUUUAGGUGCAAAUGUAGAUGAUACAUCCUCAAGGUCAAGGGAUAGAGGGCUUAGUGUAGGAUUACAGACUCUUGUAGAUCCAUCUGACAGAUUGCAUAUAACCCUUAUUGGGGAAAGAUAUGUUAUCUUGCAUUAUAAUGAAAUUGUUAUAUUUGUUAUAAAUUUUAAUAUAUAA